AUGUCGCUUCUGGCUCCUGCAGCUAGAGCAGGACCUUCCAGGUCAACGGCAACCACGGCAGCGGCAGCAGUGGUCCUAGGACGCUCUGGAGCUGUUGUGCCGCGGAGACAUUCCUCCACGCGUCCAGUUCCUGGGACACCCUCGCAACCCGGAUACUUUCAAAAGAAGGACCCAAAUGAAAAACUGAGGAGGAAAAUACCUACCUUCAAACAGUUGCAAAGACUUCCAGCCUCACAGAUGGUUCACGAGCUCUUCAAUGGAAAUACGGUCGGGUCCCUUGAAUCAUUGCCACUGAAGAGUAAUGUGGCGCGUACUCCCUCGUCACUCUACCAGAUCAGAAAAUUCGAAAUGAAUCGUCCUGACCCAUUGAACGUUUAUGGUGCUCCCAGAAAUCUGAAAUAUGAGUAUACCGUUCUCACCAAACCAUAUAAUGUUGUACGAGAGAUCACCCAAGAAGCUCUGAGGUUUGUAUCCCAUUCGAAGGGCACGCCAAGUCUUGACUCUCGUGUAGUGCUGACUGGUCGCGCAGGGUCAGGGAAGAGUGUGCUUUUGCUCCAAAUUGUAGAGUGUACUAUUCAAGACGGAUGGGUGGUCAUUUAUAUCCCUCGAGCCGUCAACCUCGUUAACUCAACCACCCCCUACGUGUAUAACAUCCGCACACAAACCUAUCAACAACCCUCGUAUUCCUUCCAGAUCUUGCAGCGCAUGCUAACAGUUAACGGAGGCGCGUUAUCUAAAAUCCAGCUGUCGGAAGACCUUGUGCUAGAAAGGCAAACCGUGCGCGCCGGUACGCCACUGUCCGCCGUUAUUGAAAUCGCCAUCGCGGAGAAGGAGAGAUCAAUAGGACAGUCUCCCGCUAUCCUGGAAGCUGUCAUGAAAUCUUUGGAGGUCCAAACACAGUCAGUUUCGUGUUCGUUAAAAACCAUCGCAAAAGCUGAUAUGUGCUUCAACAGAUAUCCCGUACUUCUGGCGGUUGACGAUUUCCAGGCUUUGUACGGUAAGACCGCUUACCGAGAUCCACAUUUCGACGCCAUUAGGUCAUACCACCUGUCAAUACCAAGAAUGAUCAUGGAAUACGCUUCCGGGAGGAGAAACUUUGCUCGUGGUGCAGUUUUUGGAGCCCUUUCUCUAUCUCAAUCCAACUACCCUCUGCCUCUUGAACUCCGCGAUGCUCUGCAGUUACAAGAGCUAGAUGCAUACCCUGUGUCUCCAUACCUCAAGCGCAGCAAGGAUAUGCUGGCGUACACUGAAGGCCUCAGAAAACUUGAAGUCCCGGCGAAGCUGAGUAUGCAGGAAGCACUAGCCGUUUUCGAGAUCUGGAAGAAACGCAUGGCUAUUGGAAAAGAUAACUCAUUCUACGAUGAGAUUUUCCUUAGCAAGUACACGGAAUCAGGUGGAAACGCUAGGGAUUUUAUCUGGAAAGGUCUUCUUUCCACCACUGAUCUAUAA